UAUCCCUCAUUAAUUUUAAUGCGAUACAGCGAUAAUGCAUAUAAUGUAUUCAGGUCAUUUUAAUUAACAAUAAAGAAUCUAACUACCGACAGAAAUAGCGCGAAAUUUGAAUUGUCCAAUACGCAUUCUUCACUGAAGAUAAAAAAGACAUUUGAAAUAAAUAAUGAUAUAAGAAGAAAGAACGUGAGAGAAAGAGAGAGAGAGAGAGAGAAAGAGAGAGAACUGACAACUUUUCCUAACUGUACACGAACUUUCGAUAAAGUAUCAGAAAGGAUGGGAGAAAAAAUUGAAAAAAAAUUGAAAGAUCAUUGAAAAGAAAAGUAUUCGAUUAAAGGAAUUGAUCAUAGUAAAGAAUAUCGAUGAGAGUGAUUCUCCGUAGAGUGUAUUUAAUAAGAGAAAGAAGUGGGGGAAGGAAGGUAAAUUGAAAGGGAGACCGGACAUGUCGCGUCCCGCUUGUAAGACGAAAACGAGAAGGUAUCGAACUCGGUCGACCACCCGUCGAAAAUGCCUCUACGAGAUCGUAAAAGUGCCGCGUGUCCUCUUUGUGUAUAUAUAGGGGUACCAUGAAGAAACCACUGCAGUUCUUCAACGAACGUUCUUUGAUUCAUUCUUCGACUCAUAGGACAGAAGAAAAUGAUAAAGUUUCUUCUCCUAGGUGCAUUCGUGGCCCUAUCGGCUGCACAAUUUCAGCCCCAACCAACUGGAAGGAUUCUGGAACCACCCAUACCAGCAUUGUGCGCACAACGAACAAUUCACGAACGCUUUAACGGAAAGGGUUACUAUUAUUCGUGGGCUGAUCCUAGAACAAAUGGACAAGAAGUCGACUGGCUUGCGGGUAGAAAUUUUUGUAGACAGCGAUGCAUGGACCUUGUAUCUUUGGAAACUUCUGCAGAAAAUGAAUUCAUCAAGAGCCGCAUUGUUCAAAAUAAAGUGAAAUACAUUUGGACAUCCGGUCGUCUCUGUGACUUUAAAGGAUGCGACAGGCCAGAUCUUCAACCACUUCAUAUAAAUGGUUGGUUCUGGACAGCUGAAUUGCAAAAACUUGCACCAACUAAUGAUCGCAAUCAAAACGAUUGGUCCGAGAGCGGCGGUAUUGGAAAGCCUCAACCCGAUAAUCGUGAGGCCAUCCAAGGUGGUGCUCCAGAAAAUUGUUUGGCUGUUCUUAAUCAAUUCUAUAAUGAUGGUGUUAAUUGGCAUGAUGUUGCUUGCCAUCAUAAGAAACCAUGGGUAUGCGAAGAGAAUGAUUCUCUUUUAAAAUACGUUCGUUUUACCAAUCCAAAUCUCCGCGUUUAACUUUAAAAUUUAAAUGAAAAUGUGACGAGUGGAUAGACCAUUAUUAUUUCAACUGUUACUCUUUUAAAUUAUAAGAUUUCAUAAGAUUAAGUAACGCGACUGAAUAGUGUGUAGCGCGAUUAUAUUUAUUGCAACAAUUAUUUCAUUACUAAGUGCAUUACUCGUGUCACAGUACAUUGUAUGAGAUAUACUGAUUCAAGCACAUUGUUUUCUUCAUACAAUUUCAAAAUACAUGGAACAUAUUUGUAUGAAUGCUCAUAUCAUAGUCCAUAAAUAUCAUUAAUAUUUAUCCUUUU